AGAAUCACUUACGCUAGCUUCUACCAUCUGCAAGGAGGAGUGCGCACACAUGUCGUGCAAAUACCGGGUGGGUGUUUCUGGGCCAUCGACGUUCGCACCGUCGCUGUGUGCACAUUCGCUAGUGAUAGUGAAGGCUGUAUCAUAUGACUUGUUCUAAAUGUUGAGCGCCGGGGCAUUCUCCUCGGGCGAGGGCGGACCCAGCAACAAGCUUCCUCAGGGACCUAGUACCACUGUCGCGGAGAGGGCAGGAGUUGGCACGGCGUUGUUACUGGGCUGUCCGUUCCACGUUGAAUCCGGUGUGUUUCUGGAUCGCCUGUAUGGAGAUUUCGAUUGUGUCGCCCGGUAUGCGAGCUGGAGCAAGGCGCAACACGAGGACCCAAAUCGCGCAGCCACCUCGACUUCGUACAUUCCCUCGUCGCUUCCGUUCGGCUGUUGCGUGGACGCACGGAGAUCGCUCCUCGACGGGUCGCUCACUUCCGAGCAGGUGCUGGCCCGCAUGACGGCAUUUCUGCAGAAGACAUACAAUCUGCAGAGUAGUUCCAAAAAUGCAACAGCAGCUGGUACAACUUCUACAGGGAGGAGGACGUCGCAAACGCAGUCACAGCCAGAAGACCGACCCCCACCCUGGCGGACACGGCUUUUGAUGUUCGGUGGUCACGGCCGCGAGGAUUCUGGGGACUGGAUCUAUGCCAGCGAACGCCCACGGGGACGAGCGUGUCAGGUCAAAGUUUUGCACUUCCUGCAUGUUCUUGAGGACGUCUUCGCAGGAACGUGGUCAUCGCCAAGGGUGGUCCAGUCGUGUCGUGCAUCAUCUAUGCACUGGAUACGAAUUUUUCAGCAGACAUGAUUUCGAUUGUACUGCAACACGAACGAGAACGACCACGCGCAGGUUGUAUGUGAGGUCACGAGCGUUCUCAAUGAAGUUAUUUCGUAGAGACAAUCGUUGGGCACGCGUUUGGUACAAGGCAUGACGCAUUAUAUGACUAACUUGACUUUUACCCAAGAUUUCGCUACGAUACCCUUCUGGCUGACGGAGACUUGAGUUUUCAAAGAUUUCUACUCGCCUUGCUGGAGCAGUUGCUGCCCAACGCCGUGGACCCAACUAUAGCCCGCGCAGGUGUAACAAUCUCAACUGUUUUUCCAACGGGCACGAAGCAGCUGGAACUUUGUGGCGCCUGGUGGAAGAUCAUGUGCAUCCAAACCAAGAUGCAGACUCCUUCAGGUCGAGCGGUUUCACUGACACUGCCUGUCAUGCAAAUAUACAAAUCUGGACCUGGAGAUGGAGUCUUGGUCUAAGUAAUCCAAUUACAAUGGCGUAGUUAAAUAUUUCAAACAGACUUGAGAUUCUACCACCUGAGCGAGGCAUACUGGCGGAUACCCUGCAGCUGCAGGCAGCCAAGCGCGAGCGGGAGGUUCUGGUCCUUCUGGAUGCCUGCUACAGUGGCAUCUGGGUGCGGAAACUGCACCAAAUCGCGAAGCUGAUCGCACUGAUUGCGGAAUGGGAAAACACCGUGCGCGCGAAGCAGCAGGACGGGACAGAGCCACGCGUGCGUCUGCUCAAUGGGGAGGAAGCCGUGCUGGACCUGGACGACGCAGAGAUUCUGAAGCAAGCCGCCGCUGCAGCCACGAGGCCGACGGGAGGUGCUGGGGCGACGGCGGACGUGAAACAGCAGCCAGGGAUCCGUCGGCGUAAGCUGCGCCCCCCGCUCGUCGAUUUGCUGAUGCUGGAACGCGAAGGGGCCGACCAGUUUCUGCUGGAGAGAACGCGCCGCAACGUUUUCAAAUUCCAUCAACAAGUCGCUGACCAGAUGAAAUCCGCCGCGCAGCGGCGUGAUGCCGAAGCGCGAAAAAGCGGCCUGGAGAAGCCUGCGCCACACAUUGGCGUGCCUCCAAUAAGGACCGGCGAGCCAUCGUUCGCCGGAAUCGUCGACGAGGCGCCCACCUCUCGGCGGCCGCAGAAUUAUGAAGGCGUGCAACAAGAAGUUGCAACUGUGAGACCGGGCAAAAUUGCGGCGACAGACCGAUUUCGGAAGCUCCGCGAUCAACGAGAGAGGAUGUUUGGUAGGAUGAAUAUCUCUGAUGCAGGACGAGGUGGAGGUCCAGCAGGAACGAUUACCACAAACUCGAACAUAGUAUCUCCGAGCACUGGUAGUUCAUCUGCAACUGUGCAGGGCCAGGGAACCUCGCCCCCACGGCAGGAUGCGGGUACCCUAUAUGCUUACGCCAGCCACUCACCGCCUGCCCCUCAACGGCUCGAAUCGCACAGCCAGGGAAGGCCGCCGGCGACAAUGGGUGCGUCUCCUGUUCCGUUGGUGGGAACUGCAGGCGUUGGACUAGGCAGCCCUACGUUUAACUUGGGUGGUGGAAGAUAUGAUAGCAUGCCUGGCAUUAGUGCUAUCGGCGGACGAAACACCAACAUAAUUGCAGGUGGUAAAAAUGCCAAAAGCAACGGACCUUUCCGUGCGGCUGCUCAACAAGUAGAUCUGGAGACGCAGCAGAACGCUGAGAAGCUGUACCUGCUAGAGUUCAUGGAGCGAAAUCAGCUGGCCCACGAGAUUCUGGCAACGCAGCCCCCGGUGGAGCUGGCUGCCGAACAGGAGGCGACCACGUUCAUCUUCGACCGCACAAACACCCGAGUCGCGCGAGCCGGGGGCCUGCGCACCCGGAACGAAAAAGGUGGAGCCGUGGACAAUUUUUCUGUGCGCGGCCCCGAUGACCCUGCGCGAAAGUUCGAAAGGCCGACGCACCGCCCGAAGAAGGACGUCGGGCUGAUGACCGAUGGUGAGUUCUUCGCGGAGAUGCUGUUACUGUGCCCCGGGAGCUUGUUCCACGAGGACCAGCGAGACGACCUUGCUUCGAUCCACGAGAAGUGGUGUCAGGUUUUUCCCCCCGGGGGGACGCGGAAGCCCUCCAGUAGCUCGGCCAAUUCGCGGAUCCGCCUCUGCUUCCAAUCGGCGUGCGCCAGUGCAGAGCGGGCUUUCGACGGAGUGUUCCUGUCGUCUUGGCUGCUGGUGCAAAAGCAGGAGCUGGCGUCUCACUACGCCCUCAAGCACUUCGCGUACCUAGGCAAGCACCCGCUGUUCUAUGUGGUGCAAACGACCGCUAAGACGGAGGACGAUUAUGGUGAUGGAGCUGUUGCUGCGCCGGAUGAAAUUACGUCGAAUACUGUGGUGGAUCAAAAUGAAGCUGCUACUGCUACAAUUCCUCUAAAAACAGAUGGCGCAAGGACCUCUUCUAGCACAACGAAAAAUACUAGCACGAUGAAGAUGACGAUCGACAUACUGCUAUCGGCCGACGGCACCUGGCGAACCAAGGACAAUGCGUUGCUAGUAGGCACGCACGCGGAACAGUCGCAGCCAGCCUUCUUGGCAGUGGAACCCGACUUCUUGACCGAGGGCGGUACCAAGGACGCGCGUCGGUUUGGCACCUCCUCUGACGGGUCAGCGCUACCACCAACGCUGAAUAUGUUUUUGCAAGCGGAAGACCUGCGGAUUGCGGAGGCGCAGCUUGUGCAGAUCUACGCCGGCGCGGACAGCAGUUUACCGAUGCCGCUGCCGAAAUCCGUGUACCAGCACCUGCACGCGGAACAGAUUAUCCAGCAAAUCCUACGGGAGGCCGAAUUUUUCGCCGCACGCUCCAAGGCCGACGCCGGAGGGGGCGGGUUCUUCUCGGCUUUGCAAAAUGCAGACAGCAUGAAAUCCGUCCUAGACUCCUUCUUGUCCUACGCUACUAAUGGAACCGACUCCUCUGCGAAUCAGGGCGCGGCGCUCGACCACACGGAGCAGGCCACCUGGAGUAUGGUGCAGUUCCUGUACAUGGAUUCGGCGGUGCGGGAUGUGGGAAGCACGAUCGAAGUGUCGCGGUUUAUCCGUACCUUGUUGGAGCAGGUCCCGUCUCUGCUCGGGAUAAACACACUCUACCUACUGGUUGCUCGCCUACCCAAUCUGGCACUGUUCAGUUUGCUAGAACUAGACAAAGAAAUAGUCGUCGGGGCGGACGAUGGAGAAGAUGCUGAGGGAUCAUCUGCAGACGCCGCCCGCCGGGGCCAAGAUGUACAAGGUAGCACGCUCGUGCCACUUCCAGUCCGCCUCCAAGAAUACCUGCAGAAGGCAAUUACGGCGGCCUUCACGAACGCGAAAACGCCGGACCGGCUGAGUACGCUCGUUGCGGCGAGCGGUAUGCAGCUUCUCUCGCAGCUCCACGUGGCGUUCUCCCAGCAGAGCGAUUUUGCGGACAAGUUGCGGCCGUUGCUGGUUACCGAGAGCUUCGUGACGGCCAUUCUGCAGCGCGUGCCGAAGUUGGAAUCCCUGUUCCAACUCCAGCUAUACGCGCUGUGGAACACAGUGCGCGAACCGCCCUUGGCGGUGCUGGCACUGGACUGCGGAUUGGGCAGGCUUGUGGUCGAAUGUCUGCAGUACACCACCGGCACCGCGGCCGCACAAAUCAUCAGCAGUGUUUUGCAGCCGGCAGGCGCAGCUGUGCCAGGACUUUUGAACUCGCGGGACCACGAUAGUACCAGCACGCAAGUAGUGCCUCCUGGGUCCCCCUCUGCAACAGGAGCAGGAGGUGCUGUGGUACAGACAAGCUUUAUGAAGGACUCUGCUCUCAGCGACACGCGUGCGGUUAACAUGACACGGAGAAUUUGGGCGGUGAAGGUGUUGUGGAUUACGCUGCGGCUGCUGUCCAUUGGGCGAAUUCCGGUGCCCGGAGAGAAGUUACCCAUCUUGUUGACCGAUCUCUUAGUGCGAGAAUCGAGAGAGGGGUGGAUCUGCUCGGACAAUGACUGGGACACGCUCUACCAAACGCGCAGGAUGCUAGGCCUCUCAGACAAUCAGUAGAGGCGGCGUACCUACGUGGUACGAACGAAGUGCUGCGUCGGAGAGAAUAUUGCCGAGCAAUGGAGAAACAGAUGAUGAAACAUUCAGUAUCAGUAUCACAAAGAUCUUCAUCCAGUGCUUCUUGAUGAU